GGAAAAGGUAGAAAAAACGCACAUGUAUUCCUGACAGCCCAUUGGUCCAAAUUUUCCCUGUGCUGCCACAAUACUGCACACACGUGACCCCCUGUUUUCACCCAGUUAAACGCAUGUACUUAAAAGACAGGCCACUGCAAUUCACCAGCACAAGCACGAUAAACACAACAUAAUUAAUGUUAGCAAGGUAAGGUCGCUGCUGUGGGGACCAGGAUCACUGGGAGCGGACCAUGGCGGCUGCCACGAGCAGCAACACCUCCACAGCCACGCUACAGAUCAGCCACUCCAGUAUCGAGCAAACGCGGAAACGCAUAGACCCGAGGAGGAGGCAAGCGGCGUUGUCUUUUCUCAGCAACAUUUCUUUGGAUGGGCGACCAGUGCAAGACGACCAAAACGAAGAGGAUGACUCUCUUGAAGCUAGGACUAGACAGACCCUGGUUUCUCCGGAGCGCUCGGUGUACGGGGCUGCCGGAGCUGCAGCUGCGGCGGCAGCGACCACCGCCGCCCAGGCACUUGCUUUCGCAAAACAGGCUCUUCUCUCCGGCGGUCGGGCCAGUUUCGGGACGGGUCCCGCAGCUGCCCCGGUAGGUACAGACACGGAGGGCGACGCUUUUGUGCCCCCGACGUUCAGCUCGCCGUUCUCCGCGGUCCCAGCAUCGACUAGAGGGAGGCUGCAGACGUACACUCAGGGAAUCCUACCUGCCCCUUACUCCAGGCAAACCUCCCAGAACUACAGCCUGGAGGGCGUACAGAUAGCCAACUCUGCGAUAGAGCUGCAGAGAUCAAGACGAAGACUCAUCUCUCAGCGCUCUUCGCUUGAAACACUAGAGGACAUUGAGGAGAAUGCUCCUCUCCGCAGAUGCCGAACCUUAUCGGGUUCACCCCGACCAAAGAGCUUCAAGAAGAUCCACUUCAUAAAGAACUUGAGGCAACAUGAUAUGCGCAAUGGAAGGAUAGUCCUUAUCAGUGGCAGAAGAUCCUUCUAUAGUGUAUUUUCUGUCCUGCCCUAUCGAGAUUGUAGCCAAGCAGGGGAUGUCAAGCCUGAGGAGAGGGCGUCAGCGGGCACCUCAGGAGGCGUCAGUGCCAAGGAGAUGGAUCGGGGGAGGGUGGAGUUAGGAGCUGAUGGAAAGACGGUGUCUUACACCCAGUUCCUGUUUCCCACCAACGCGCUUGGUGGUCGAAGGAACACCAUCGACUCCACUUCAUCCUUCUCUCAGUCUCGUUACGCCAGCCAUAGAAGCCUCAGUUUGGGCCGAGCCAACAGCAACCAGAGCAGCAUGGACACAGGUCAGUCAGCUGCCAACAAGUACUUACAUUCGUUCUCCUUCAUGACUACGGUCAUUGAAUACGUCAAACCCUCUGACCUCAAGAAGGACAUGAACGAAACUUUCAAGGAGAAAUUCCCCCACAUAAGGCUUACACUCAGCAAGAUUAGAAGCUUGAAAAGGGAGAUAAAAAAGUUGGCCCUAGAUGAAUGUGGUUACGAGGAGCCAACAGUGGCCAUGGCAUUCGUCUACUUUGAAAAACUUGUGCUUCAAGGCAAACUAAACAAGCAGAAUCGUAAACUCUGCGCUGGAGCUUGUGUCCUGCUGGCGGCCAAGAUCGGUGGCGAUCUCAAGAAACACGAGGUCAAGCUCCUGAUAGACAAACUGGAGGAGAGGUUCAGGGUGAACCGCAGAGAGCUGAUAGCAUUCGAGUUCCCGGUGCUGGUGGCGUUAGAGUUCAACCUGCACCUGCCAGAACACGAGAUCAUGCCCCACUACAGACGCCUGCUGCAGACCUCCUAGCAUUAGUGACCCAUCAGGAGGACGACCACCAGGUUCUCCUUCUGAUCCUCUGCUUCCCACCGUAUCCAUCCUCACUAAACAACAGCCGACAACACUCUCCUUCUCAGAGACCUGAAAUCAGCCAAAGGGACACAUUUCUAAAACUUUCUACUAUUGUUUGACUGUAAAAAAGGGUUCAACCGUCAAACAAGUUGUUUUUCUAGUUUGCAUGUGUACACGUCUUCAUCUUCACUUUGUGUAUUUUUAAAGCUCUCUUGUUGAUUAAGAGAGCUUUUUAUUUUUAUCUGAUGGUGAACUUUUCCUCUCAGUUAAGGCAACCAAUGAUUGUAACAUUGUUUAACAUCUCUUUUCAUUAAUCUCCACCUUGUAAACUCUGGUGUGAUUGGUUGCCUCCUGAUCUGCAUAAAAUUGAAACAAAAGCCUUUUAAGUGGCUGGUUUUGGCUGGACUUCUUCAGAGUGACUCAUCUUUUUGCAAGUCAUUACCUUAAAAGUUCACUUUUGAAUAUUGGGAGACAUAGGGGGAAGGCAGGCAUUGUUUUUAGAGUUUUUAUAAGAUUUGGAUUUGUUCAUAAACACCACACAUAAGUCAUUUGAAUGGACCUUUUGAAUUGUUUUUUUUUUUCUCUUAUGGUUUACUCACAAUUUUCUAGCCAAAACUAUCCACAUGAAAUGUAAUGAUUGUUUGCAUACAGGUAUGUGCAGACAAGAUGGGACCUUCUGUUUUCACUGAAAUAUUCCAUUCCUUUUUUUUUUUUUUUUACCAUAUGCUUGCUAUGGACUUACAGAGACAAGGCCCACUUUUAUCAGUGUUGAAUUUCCUGUGCUCUAUGUUAGAGUGUAUUGCUAGCACAUUUACCGUGCUAUCAGGAAGGUAGGAGGUUUUGAUAAGAUGUUCAUGAGUGUAAAAAUGCCAUUAAACUGGGUCAGGAUUAGCAGCAGGGUGCUCUAGUGUCUAAAAUGUCAUGGGCUAAGACCCUGUGCCAGUAACUAUUCUUCCUGCUUCAAGUGUCCUUGAGCAAGGCACUGAGGUCCUUCAGGUUUCAGGGACACUUUAGCUGACCUGACCCCUGACCUCUCUGAGGAGGAGUAACUGUAAACAAGAUCCAAACAGAGAUGAAUGACGGAUCAAACAUUUGCAUAUAACUAACUAUCGGCAUUUGUUGAUUUGAAAUCUAAGUUGUUAAUAAAAGAUGAAUGUGAACAAU